AUGGCUGGCAUUUUCGGCAGUGCCACAACUGCUGCUUCCACUUCGGCCACUGCCACUCAAGGCAGCAUUGCCAACGAUGUCGCUCUAAACAAAGGCCCCGAGGACAGCAUUCAAGACUUGGCCUUCUCGCCCGUCUCUGGUCAUCUCUCUGUCGCUUCAUGGGAUAACAAGGUCUACAUCUACGAGGUUCAGGGCAACGGUUCCAACGAGGGAAAGGCUUCCUUCGACCUCAAAGCCCCCGCUCUGAGCACUUGCUGGUCCAAGGAUGGAAGACAAGUCUUUGGCGCAGGCGCCAACAACCAGUGCAUGAUGCUCGAUCUUGGAGCUGGUGCUACCACUCCCCAGACUGUUGCCGCUCACGAUCAACCUAUUAAGUGCGUUGAGAGCAUUACUGUCAACGGCUCACCCAUGAUCGUCACUGGUUCCUGGGACAAGACAAUCAAAUACUGGGAUUGCCGCCAACAAAACCCUGCUGCUUCGGUCCAGACCAAGGAGCGCGUCUACGCCAUGGACACUCGCGAUCAGCUUCUUGUUGUCGCUACUGCCGAUCGCUGGGUCGAGAUCUUCAACCUCAACUCGCCUGGCGCUGCCUACAAGCAGAUUCAGAGUCCUCUCAAGUGGCAGACUAGAACUGUCAGCUGUUUCGCCGAUGCUACUGGUUUCGCCAUUGGCUCUAUUGAAGGUAGAUGUGCCAUCCAGUACGUCGAGGACAAGGAUUCGAGCUCCAACUUCUCCUUCAAGUGCCAUCGUCAAAACGCACCCAACACCCGCGAUCAGUCCAACGUCUACUCGGUCAACUCUAUUUCCUUCCACCCUGUCCAUGGUACUUUCAGCACCGCCGGUAGUGACGGCACCUUCCACUUCUGGGACAAGGACGCCAAGCACCGUCUGAAGGGUUACCCUGAGGUUGGCGGAAGCAUCAGCUGCACCGACUUCAGCCACGACGGUAACAUCUUUGCCUACGCCGUUUCAUACGAUUGGCACCAGGGCUACGCCGCCAACACCCCCAAUUACCCUAACAAGGUCAUGCUGCACGGCAUUGGUGCUGAUGAGUGCAAGCCUCGACCCAACGCCAAGAAGCGAUGA